CCAGAGAAGGAACGAUCGUCGUGCCCUAACCCGCUGAGAGGAGAGGAGAGAUACAUCCAACUUCCUCCCUUUCUGGCUUUUCCAGAAAAAAAACUGAGAAGCAAAAGAGAUACAGAAAGCUUUCUUUUUUUUUUUUCGUUUCUCCUCUGUAUCUGUAUCUGCUCUCUGCUGUUUUCGUUCCCGUUAGGUUGUUACUACUCUUUUUCUUCUUCUUUUUUUGAAUUCCAAGUCAGAUAAAGAGAAAAAGAAACUUUCUGGUGGUCUCUAUUUUCGGUUCGUGGUAGCUUAUUAAUUUCGUUGUCGUUCGUGGUUAUUUUUCGUUGUUGUGUCAUUGAUAGAAGCAGGAAGGAGUAGAAGGGAUAAACAUGGGAGACAAAGCUGAAAUUCUGGAGGCUGUGUUGAAGGAGGCUGUAGAUUUGGAAAACAUACCGAUUGAAGAGGUUUUUGAGAACUUGAGAUGUAGCAAGGAUGGUCUCACAACCGAGGCUGCGCAGGAGAGAUUGGCUAUUUUCGGACACAAUAAGCUUGAGGAGAAAAAGGAGAGUAAGGUCUUGAAGUUCUUAGGGUUUAUGUGGAAUCCCCUGUCAUGGGUCAUGGAAGCUGCUGCCAUUAUGGCUAUUGCUCUUGCCAAUGGAGGAGGAAAGCCUCCUGACUGGCAGGAUUUCGUGGGUAUCAUUACUCUACUUGUUAUCAACUCCACCAUCAGUUUCAUUGAAGAAAACAACGCGGGUAAUGCCGCUGCUGCUCUCAUGGCUCGUCUUGCCCCCAAAGCCAAGGUCCUCCGGGAUGGAAGGUGGAGUGAGGAAGAUGCUUCUAUUCUUGUCCCAGGUGACAUAAUUAGUAUUAAGCUAGGGGACAUUAUCCCUGCAGAUGCUCGUCUCCUUGAAGGGGAUCCGUUGAAAAUCGACCAGUCUGCACUUACAGGGGAGUCUCUGCCUGUGACAAAAGGCCCAGGGGAUGGUGUUUAUUCUGGUUCAACAUGUAAGCAAGGAGAGAUAGAAGCGGUGGUUAUUGCCACUGGUGUGCAUACCUUCUUUGGAAAGGCUGCUCACCUUGUGGACACCACAAACCAAGUGGGUCACUUCCAAAAGGUCUUGACUGCAAUUGGAAACUUCUGUAUAUGCUCCAUUGCUGUUGGAAUGAUAGUAGAAAUUAUUGUCAUGUAUCCAAUUCAAGACAGGAAAUAUCGUCCUGGAAUUGACAAUCUUCUGGUGCUUCUUAUUGGAGGGAUUCCUAUUGCUAUGCCCACCGUCCUAUCAGUAACAAUGGCAAUCGGUUCUCACCGCUUAUCCCAGCAGGGAGCUAUCACUAAGAGAAUGACAGCAAUAGAAGAAAUGGCAGGCAUGGAUGUUCUUUGCAGUGAUAAGACUGGAACUCUUACUUUGAACAAGCUAACAGUUGACAAGAAUCUGAUUGAGGUCUUCACGAAAGGAGUUCAUGCUGAUACUGUUGUGCUGAUGGCAGCCCGAGCUUCACGAAUUGAAAACCAGGAUGCAAUAGACACUGCUAUAGUUGGGAUGCUGGCUGACCCCAAGGAAGCACGGGCUGGCAUUCAAGAGGUUCACUUUCUGCCAUUCAACCCAACUGAUAAACGAACUGCUCUCACUUAUAUUGACAGUGAAGGCAAAAUGCAUAGAGUCAGCAAAGGUGCACCAGAGCAGAUUCUGAAUCUUGUACACAAUAAGUCAGAAAUAGAGCGUAGAGUCCAUGCUGUGAUUGAUAAAUUUGCAGAACGAGGAUUACGAUCUCUUGCAGUGGCAUACCAGGAAGUCCCGGAUGGCAGGAAAGAGAGCUCAGGAGGUCCAUGGCAGUUCAUCGGUCUCUUGCCACUUUUUGACCCACCCCGACAUGACAGCGCAGAGACAAUAAGGAGGGCUCUUAACCUUGGAGUAAAUGUUAAAAUGAUUACAGGUGAUCAAUUGGCAAUAGGAAAGGAAACAGGACGACGCCUGGGAAUGGGCACCAAUAUGUACCCAUCAUCUGCUUUGUUGGGCCAGAACAAGGAUGAGUCGAUUGCUGCUUUGCCAGUUGAUGAAUUGAUAGAGAAAGCUGAUGGUUUUGCUGGUGUUUUUCCUGAGCACAAAUAUGAAAUUGUAAAACGUUUGCAAGCAAGGAAACAUAUAUGUGGAAUGACUGGGGAUGGAGUAAAUGAUGCACCUGCUCUUAAGAAGGCUGACAUCGGGAUAGCUGUAGCAGAUGCCACUGAUGCGGCUCGUAGUGCUUCUGAUAUUGUCCUGACAGAACCUGGACUUAGUGUAAUCAUCAGUGCAGUAUUGACUAGUCGAGCAAUCUUCCAGAGGAUGAAAAACUAUACGGUAAUGCAGUUUAAGUCGUCAAUGAAACCAACUUCCACAGAGAUUUACGCAGUUUCUAUAACUAUUCGUAUUGUGCUUGGUUUCAUGUUACUGGCCCUUAUCUGGAGGUUUGACUUCCCACCCUUCAUGGUGCUCAUCAUUGCUAUCCUCAAUGAUGGUACCAUAAUGACCAUAUCGAAGGAUAGGGUAAAACCAUCUCCUUUGCCAGAUAGCUGGAAGCUGGCUGAGAUUUUUGCAACUGGCAUAAUUCUUGGUAGUUACUUGGCGAUGAUGACAGUUAUUUUCUUUUGGGCAGCAUACAAAACAGACUUCUUCCCGAAACAUUUUGGGGUUUCAACCCUCCAAAAAGAAGCUCAUGAUGAUUUCAGAAAGCUUGCCUCAGCCAUAUAUCUACAAGUGAGCACCAUCAGUCAGGCCCUCAUAUUUGUGACACGAUCUCGGAGUUGGUCUUUUGUGGAACGCCCUGGUUUGUUGCUUGUUGUGGCCUUCGUGGUUGCUCAACUGAUAGCAACACUGAUUGCAGUCUAUGCCAAUUGGGGGUUUGCUGCAAUUGAAGGGAUUGGAUGGGGUUGGGCUGGUAUUGUUUGGCUUUACAAUAUCAUUGUCUACAUCCCACUUGAUGUCAUAAAGUUCAUCAUCAGAUAUGCUCUGAGCGGGAGGGCUUGGGAUCUCGUUAUUGAACAGAGGAUUGCCUUCACGAGACAGAAGGAUUUUGGGAAGGAAGCACGUGAGCUUAAGUGGGCACAUGCUCAGAGGACUCUUCAUGGGCUACAGCCACCUGACACAAAGAUGUUCAGUGAACGCACCACUUUUACAGAACUCAAUCAGAUGGCUGAAGAGGCUAAAAGGAGAGCUGAGAUUGCAAGACUAAGAGAACUCCACACAUUGAAAGGUCACGUGGAAUCAGUGGUUAGAUUAAAGGGCCUCGACAUAGACACAAUCCAGCAAGCAUACACUGUCUGAGGUCAACUGCAUGGCUCCCGUACUUUAUAUAUAAUUAUAUAUAUACUUAUAGUAGUGCUUCUAGAGUAAAAGAUGUAAUCAAUCCUCCGCCAUUCCCCGCAUCCUCAUAAUAUCAUCACCCUAGAGAGAACUUUCUGUUAUUGUGCCUGAGCAUUAUGCGUUAAUUUAGGAAGUGUGAAUGUGUUAGUUGGUCCCCGUUUUUCUUAUUUUCUUGUUCUUCACGUUUCCCUGCCCUUCCUGCUCCAUAAUGGGAGAAAGAAAGUGCCCAAGGGGAUAGGUAUGUCUUGGCAUUUUUAUGUCUAUAUGAGCAAGCUCUUCUUUAUUUUUGGCAUUCUACUAGUUGUCUGUUACUCUUGUGCUACCUCCCUCCUGAGUCGUUCAUUCAUUUCUAAGGCAUGCUGAUUGUAAUUUACUUAUUUAUGGAUGACCAUUGAGGCAUUGACAGCAGACACGGGGGACAACUAUUCUUCUAAAUUAGGCAAUAAUCUUAGUUUUA